GAUAUUUGUUUUUUUCUGAUUCUCGCCCAUUAAGCGUUUCUGACACAAAGUUUGGUAAUGAAUGAAGAUUGCAGACAUUUCCACGAACAAAAGCAAAGUUCUGCGUAUUUUUCCUGACAUCUGCAAGUGACAGCAAGCCUUAAACGUGACCAAAACGGCGCUUUGUGUGUGAGAAGUGGAAUGAUGCUGUUCCCUCCCUCCGUCCAUCUGCUCCCUCCUCCCGACGCCUAAAAUAAAAAGCGACACACAACGGCGUGCCGAGUAGGAUGAGACGCGUCCCGGGACGUUACAGGGGAAUUUCACUGUCUGCAGAAGAAUUUCCUUUCAUCACCUGGAUCAAUCAACAUGAGAGAGUGCAUCUCCAUCCAUGUGGGCCAGGCAGGCGUUCAGACUGGAAAUGCAUGCUGGGAGCUGUUCUGCCUGGAGCAUGGUGUCGGUCCUGAUGGCGUUUUCCUGAACGGUCCUGUAGCUCCGAACUGCCGUGAAGAUCCGUUUAACACUUUCUUCAACACUGGGAGUUUUGGUCGUCACGUUCCCAGAGCGCUCUUCGUCGACCUGGAGCCCACGGUGAUCGACGAAGUGAGGGUUGGGAAGUACAGAGAGCUCUUCCAUCCUGAGCAGCUGAUCUCUGGAAAGGAGGAUGCGGCCAACAACUACGCUCGAGGACAUUACACCGUCGGGAAGGAGAUCAUCGACGGAGUCAUGGAGCGCGUCCGGAAAAUGACGGAUCAGUGCACAGGCCUGCAGGGUUUCCUCGUCUUUCACAGCUUUGGAGGCGGCACCGGCUCUGGCUUCACCUCCCUCCUAAUGGAGCGUCUCUCGCUGGACUACGGCAAGAAAUCCAAGCUGGAGUUUGCCGUCUAUCCAGCGCCCCAGGUUUCCACUGCGGUGGUAGAGCCUUACAACGCCAUCCUGACCACCCACACCACCUUGGAGCACUCUGACUGUGCCUUCAUGGUGGACAAUGAGGCAAUCUACGACAUCUGCCGCCGCAAUAUGGAUAUCGAGACUCCCGGUUACAUCAACCUCAACAGGCUGAUCGGUCAGAUCGUUUCCUCAAUCACCGCCUCCCUUCGCUUUGACGGGGCUCUCAACGUUGACCUGACGGAGUUCCAGACCAACUUGGUCCCUUUUCCACGCGUCCACUUCCCACUGGUUACCUACUCGCCCAUCAUCUCGGCUGAGAAGGCCUACCACGAGCAGCUGACGGUGGCGGAGAUCACCAGCUCCUGCUUCGAACCAACCAAUCAGAUGGUGAAGUGUGACCCUCGUCGCGGCAAGUACAUGGCGUGCUGCAUGCUGUACAGAGGGGACGUUGUCCCGAAGGAUGUGAACGCCGCCAUAGCUAGUAUAAAGACCAGACGCUCCAUCCAGUUUGUUGACUGGUGCCCCACUGGCUUCAAGGUGGGCAUUAAUUACCAGCCUCCGACUGCGGUGCCCGGCGGAGACCUGGCCAGUGUCCAGAGGGCGGUGUGCAUGCUGAGCAACACCACCGCCAUCGCUGAGGCCUGGUCCCGCCUCGACCACAAGUUCGACCUCAUGUACGCCAAGCGUGCGUUCGUUCACUGGUACGUGGGCGAAGGCAUGGAGGAGGGGGAAUUUGCCGAAGCCAGAGAGGACCUGGCCUGUUUGGAAAAAGAUUACGAAGAGCUGGGUCGGAUGAGCUCCGACUCUGAAGACGAAGAAGUUUAAUAUCCAGAUAUUUCGAAACAUUUUCCAAGUUGGAGCUAAAUAGAAAGUAUUGGAGCCUUGUAAAGUAUUACUUUUCCAAGCUUGUUGUUUGAGAAGGCACAAAGUGAAACCGGAUUUUAAUUGUACUUUGAAAUUUAACUGAAAUUAAAUUUGUUUUACAGAAACACGAUUAGAUGCUGCUUAAGAAGUUGCUAGCUUCAUCAUUUACCACAAUUGUAAGGCUCAUUCAGAUUUUCUAGAAAAUUUAAACUAAAACCACACAAGAUACUUCAUAGUUUAAUAUCUACAACACUGUUACACAUUACUUUGGUAUUAAAUCAGGGGGAAAGUAUGUACCACCCGUGUUUUGCUUUUAUAUCACAUUUAAAUCAUCAAACAAGUUUAAUUCUAGACUAAUUCAACUUAAAUGAAUGCAAAAUGUUAUUUUUACUGAUGAAUUUGUUUAUUGAUGAGAGAAAACAAAACUCUUAUGGAGACACUUAAGAAAUUAAUGCAAAAGCAGCAUUUCUCGUGAUGAGAAGAUUUUGAAAUACAUCCCCCCUCAUAACUUCUUACUCUUUCUUCUAGAUCAAGUGUUUCCAAAUUGUUCCAAUACAGCCCCAUACACCCAAUUAGCUUCUGGAGGGGUCACCCCUUUUAGAAACCCACAGACACUGGGUUUGCAAAAUAUAAACUUUUCUUAUAUAUAUUCCCGAUUUAAUAACUAUCACAUUGGUUUAACAUAAAUGCUGCCUCAUACCUUAUAAUUUUAGUUGGCCAUGAGUUCUUAUGGGUUUUGCAGAGAACAAAAGAACCAAACCAUUGGCUUGCUAGCUUAACGAGCACAGCAGCUUGAAACAUUUAACUGGCAACUAAUCAGAAGGAUGGGAACGGUAAACAUUUAAAUAAAUAAUUUUAACUUAUGUUUUUUAAUUUUUUAAACAUAGAUUAUAUUUUAGGAUAAAAAUUUGAUUAAGAAUUUGUGAUUUAAAAAAUACAACCUUUUUAUGUUUCCCUCUAGCUUUCUGCGGCACCCUAGCGCCCCCUGGUGGCUUCCAUUUUAAAAACACCAUUCUAGACAUGACAAUUCUCAUUUAAACAGCAGCAUAUUUUGGUUUUGACUAUAGUUAAAACUUGUUAAAUCAAGACCAAAAAACAUUAGUUAAGAAGAAAAUGUUUCUUGUUAUGAUCAGUUUUAUGUCACAGUUUCCUCUUGUGACAGAAGAGGAAAUUUUUGCUUCCCUUUUUUCUUCUUUCUUUAUUGUUUAUUUUCAUGUGGACAAGUGAUAAAUAUAAACUAAAACAUAACAUCACAACAUUUGUAAAUGUGAUGUGAUUUACUUGUUUACCCUUUAAAAGAUAAUAAAUUAUAAAAUGUCAUGCAUAAAAUAGAUCCUAAAAUUAAAUUCAAACAGACCACAAUGAAAAAAGGGGCAGUCAUUUCUUCCUGAUCCAGUUAUUGAUUAUGCCUUGCAGUAAGUAGCGAUGAGUCUAUUUUUACAUCUCUGUGACGGGAUUUGAUCCUCCAUUUUUGGUACAUUUGUUGCAUUUCAGCUGGAUGGAAGAGAUUUUGGGGUGUGAGCAAUCUGUUUCAGAUGAUUUCACAUCUUCAGCCUCCAGGUUUGGACUUAGAUUUAGGUUGUUGUUGGCUUUAGAUUGGUGGUUAUUAACCUGGGUUCGACCGAACCCCAGGGGGUCGAUGAGUCGGUCUCAGGGCUUUGUAAAGUCGUGAUGACGCGCCCCGCUCAGCACGUGACAUUACUUGGCCAAUCAGUGCUGCGGGGAAUUUAGUGCGCAUAGUAGGCCACAGCUGUCGUAGUUGCACGUCGUGUGGUUUCUUUCUCAGUAUUUUUUUUCAUGAUUUUUCCUGUAAUCAGGAAGAAGAAACGGAGAGUAGAGAGGUGAAAGUGGGGAGCGAUGAGUAGCUCUCACACAAGGAUGAUUGACAGCACUAAGACCCUUCUCUUGGCUCUGAUUGAUUG